GCUUUCAUUUCUCUUUCCUUACCACCAUGUUCUCCCGCUCUGCUCUCCGCACCCUUUCCGCGCCGUCGUCGCGUCUCUUCUCCUCGUCAGCGGCUCGCCUGACCAAGGUUGCUGUCCUCGGUGCUGGAGGAGGAAUUGGCCAGCCUCUCUCCCUGCUGCUGAAGAGCGAUCCUCUCGUGUCGUCGCUGAGCCUUUACGAUAUCCGCGGCGCCCCGGGUGUUGCUGCCGAUGUCAGCCACGUUGACACCGCGAGCGAGGUCACUGGAUACGCUGCCGACCAGCUCGACGCGGCUUUGGAGGGUGCCAAGGUUGUUGUCAUCCCCGCUGGUGUUCCGAGAAAGCCGGGUAUGACGCGUGAUGAUCUCUUCAACACUAACGCUUCCAUCGUCCGUGACUUGGCGACUGCCAUCGGCCGUGUCGCUCCCGAGGCCUGCGUUCUCAUCAUCUCCAACCCCGUCAACUCCACCGUCCCCAUCGUCGCCGAGACCCUGAAGAAGGCCGGUGUCUUCGACCCCAAACGCCUCUUCGGUGUCACGACACUCGAUGUCGUCCGUGCCGCGCGUUUCCUCGGAGGCAUCACCGGCGCGGACCCCGUCGAGUCGCGUGUGACCGUCAUUGGAGGCCACAGCGGACCGACGAUCGUCCCCCUGCUCUCGCAGUCCAGCCACGGCAAGGGCGUCGCGGGCGAGGCCUACGAGAAGAUUGUGCACCGCAUCCAGUUCGGUGGUGAUGAGGUUGUCAAGGCCAAGGACGGUGCCGGAAGCGCUACCCUCUCCAUGGCUUACGCGGGCGCCAAGUUCGCCAACGCUGUGCUGCGUGGCUUGAACGGCGAGAAGGGUGUGAUCACACCCACUUUCGUGAAGAGCCCUCUCUUUGCUGACAAGGGCAUCGAGUACUUCUCGUCCAACGUUGAGCUUGGUGUCAACGGUGUGGAGCAGAUCUUCCCCAUUGGCGAGCUGUCGGCCGAGGAGGAGAAGCUGCUCGAGGCAUGCCUGCCUGAGCUGAAGAAGAACAUCGAAAAGGGCAAGGCGUUCGUCGCCUAAACUACGUCGUCACACGAUUACCAGUGCCCAUUUGUGCUAGCUAGAUAGACGACCCCCAUGAUUCCAUGUCGUUUUGCGCAUAGA